CCGGCUGCCAAUCGGCGAGGAGCGGUUGCUCAGGGCGGGAAAUGGCGGCGGCGGCGGCGGCAGCGGCAACGCUGGAGCGGCUGGAGGCGCUGUCGUGCCCCCCCAUCGCCCUGGUGGUCCCGCUGGAGCCGGCCGAGGCCCUGCGGCUGCUCUGCACCCCCUCUGCCCGGCGCCUGGCCCUGCUGGAGUGGGUCUGCUCCCGGGUGUACCCCCCCCUCGCCACCCGCCUGGACGCCCUCCAGAAUGGCCCCAAGGACGCCCGGCUUCGAGAACUGGCCAAACUGGGAGCGGAGCUGAUGCUGUGCCGGGCUGAUGACAUGGCGCUGGUGGAGGGCACGGCCCCCCCCGAGCGGCAGCUGGAGUUCAUCAGGGACCUGCUGGAUGCGGCCCCCCCGGCGGGGGACGGGAGCGAGGGCUCCCCCAAGAGCAGACGCAGCGCCCUGCGCCUCACCACCCGCUUCCUGCACGAGGUGUUGGAGACCCCCGAGGGGGUGGCGGCCCUGAACCCCGCGUGUCCCCCCCCGCCGCCCAUCGACCGCUACGGCAGCCCCCCGCCCAGGAGACCCCAGCCCCGUCCCUCGGGGCCGGAGCUGGAGGCGACGCUGGGGGCGGUUCGGCGGCGCCUGGAGCAGCUGGAGGCGCAGAGCCCCGAGCUGGGGGGGUCUCCGGCUCCGGCCCCCCCCGCCCUGCCCGCCCUGGGGGUGGCGGGACGCGACCUCGCCGCCCUGGCCACGGCUUUCGGGGAGACGGAGCUGUGGGACCCCUGGGGUCCCCUGGGCUCAGGGGGGCACCCCAUCCUCGCCUCCUGCGGCCCCCUGGCCCCCCCCGUCCAGCAGGGCCUGCGGAAACUCGUGCAGAACCUGGGGGUCGUGGCCCAGCUGAACGACACGGCGACGGAGGUGACGCGGCUGGUGGGGGGGCCCCGGCACCGGGCGAUAGACACCCGGGUGGCCGCCCUGCGGCAGCGUUUCGGCAACGUCCCCAAGGCCGGGGGGCCCCCCCAGGACUGACCCCCCCAUCCCGCCCGGACGCCUGGGUUCGUUACACUACUGGGGGGGGGUGGGGGGGAGCAAUAAGCGGAUUAAAGAGCUGG